AUGAGUGGGUUUGGGAUUAAAAGUAAUGGCGAAAUUAACAACUUGCUCAAAUUCCAUACGCGUCUCUUUCAGCAAUUGAAAGAUCUGAUCUACAGAACGAUCUGUCUGCUCAAGAGCCGUUUCUUAAUAAACUGAGAUAUCAGAAUGAUUUGAUAAAGAGUCUGAAGAGCCAAUUGGAGCAAUCGAAAAGAGAGAGCGAGACAAAGGAUGCCGUGAAUGCACAGCUGAAGGCGGAUAUGGCCAAUCAGAAGCACCGGAUCGAGAAGAUGGUUGAACGAUACAAAAUUCAGUUCAUGGAGAUGGAGUCCGCCAUUCGGAAGCUCAACGAGACCGUCGUCGACUUGAAAGGUCAGAUCCGUGUCGCUGUCAAGGUUCGUCACUUUGAAAAAGAGACGCUGUCGGGAGCAUCGUUCACGUUUACCGGUGAGAAUGAAAUCAAGUUCGAGCAGGUGAAUACCCUUCGCUCCUUUUUGUGUUCCGUGAUAACCCAAUUUCAGAACGGUCAGGCAAACCUCUUCCGUUUCGAGCACAUCUUCCAACAAAGUCAGAAGCAGUCCGAAGUGUUCGAUGAGAUCAAGGAGCUCAUUCUGUGUGCACUUCACGGAAGAAACGUGUGUCUGAUUGCGUAUGGACCGACUGGAAGUGGAAAGACAUUUACGAUGCGAGGAGGCGACGGAGAGACGGAAGGGAUUAUCCCGAGAGCGAUUCGUUUCCUGCUGAAGCAUUCCAAGGAGCAGGAUUACUCUUUCUCCGCUUCUUUCAUCGAAGUGUACAACGAGGAAGUGUUCGAUUUGCUGGAUGCUCGGAGAAAGUUGGAUGUCAGUUGCGCCCGCUCUUGUUUAUACCAACUCUCCCAUCUCAGGUCAAGAUCUCUGGCGCUACUACUUCUGUACCCGGACUUCAUAAGAUUCCGAUCAAGGCACUGCCGGACGUCGAUGCGCUCCUAACUCUUGCUGAUAAUCAGCGCUCGACAGGAACGACGGCGUGCAACCAAGAGUCCUCGAGAUCCCAUGCAAUCUUCCAAUUGUAUGUAACGGAUCUUCGUCGUUUGGGGAGAUCAAGUGCUGUCUGAACCUCGUCGACCUCGCCGGAUCGGAACGUGCCAAAGAGUCGAGAGCGCACGGAAAGCAAUUCACCGAACUGACGAACAUUAACCAAAGUCUGACGGUUUUGAAGAAGUGCAUCCGUGCUCAGUUCGAGAAGAUGGCGCACGUGCCGUAUCGCGAGAGCAAGUUGACUGUGUUGCUCCGCGAGUAUCUGGGAGCUGGCUCGUCGAAAACGACGUUUAUCGCCCACGUCAAUCCGCGAGAUGUGGCGGAAACGAGAAGAACGUUGGAGUUCACUGCCGACGUGAGAGUGACUUUUCGCUUUUUUCCCUUUAAAAUACGACACUUUCAGUUGAGAUCGACGAGCAUCGGAAGAGCAACGAUUCAGACAGGACCGAGAAACGAAUGCUCGACUUCAGCAAGAAAUUAG